AUGGCCACGAUAACUGGCUAUUCGUGGAGAACAUCAAGCAGGGAGCAGUUGCCAUCCCGUUUUACGGAGCGCACCAAUUUUCUUAGGGAUCUUGUUGGCGAACGUCGCCAUUCGCAUCACUAUGUCUCUCCAUUUACAUCCCACAAACCCGAAAGUACUGCAAAAAACCGUGUUGCACAGUUAGUGGCCCGGUUAGAGAAAAUCCCCUCUCACAAAAAACCACCAUUAGCUGUGCCGGAAAUUGUUGAGCCUUUGGAUGAGGCCAAAAAAUCGAAGAGAAAAUAUGUUAGGCAUCUAACGAGCACUAGACUACUCAGCAGCAUUUUUAGAAGAGAUGAGGAGAAGAAGAAGUUCGAUUUCUCUCUUUCUGGUCCUAAAGUUGUCGCUAUUACUGGCGGCGCAGUUCGCGACCCUAUUGUUUUGCGAGAACGACAGUUUGGUGACUUGCUGGAUAGUGAACUGCUAAAGGGGAGCAAAACGGGACUCGAGCCACCUGUUAUCCAUAUCCUUAAAAAGCGAAGAUCAGAAGGGGCCAUCAUACCAGUAACUGAUGCAAUUAUC